CGAGGGGACUGCCCCCCCCCCCACCUUCCCUGCGUCUCGUCGCGCGGCCGCUCCCGCCCCGCCGCGGGGAUGGGGUGGCGGCUGCGUUUGCCGGGCGCCUUCCUGGGCGGCAGGGGCGAGCGCGCCCACAGUUCCGACGCGGGUCGGGCUGCUUUUGCUUCGUGGUCUCGAAUUUUAGUGCUAAUGACACCGCUUGGCGUUCGCCGUGGCCCCCGCGCGCUUUCUCCCGGAGUCCCCUGGGUCCCCGCCCCUGAUCCGCGGUCGCCCCCGGGGGUGUCGGGGUCCGCGCGCCCGGGCCGAACCCGGCUCCUCCGAAGCCCCCUCCGGGCCGCCCCCUCGGGCCUCCGGCCCCCGCCCCUCCCCUCCCCACACCCAGCCGCCGCUGCUCCGGGCUCCGCGGCUCAGAAACAGCAGCGCCAGCGCCGCCAGCUCCGCGCUCGCCGCUGCCCGGCCGGCGGGGCGGGCGGGCGACACUCAGACCCGCCGCCCUGGGUCCGCGCGGAGCUGCAGGCGGAAAGGCGCGGGCACCGGGAGGCAGCGCGGGGCAGCCCGCCGCACACAGGGCGUCCCGCACCUCGCUGCCCGGGCAGCCUGCGCGCUCACUCCUGCCUCCCGGCCCCAGAACGAAUUGCAAGGAAGCGGAGGCCUGACCCGGCGCCUUUGGAGAACCAGGGUCCUGCGGCUGCAGACUCCGCCGCCUCAGCGGGAACCUGAGCCUGGAAGGAAGGGGUCAGGGCUGUGC